CGACUCCCGCGAGCUGCAGUACCACGGCCCCGGCAACCGCGCCCACGCCCUGAUCAACUUCUACUCCGGCCUUACAACAGUCCAAUCCGAUAGCCACUCCUUACACCUGCUCAACAUCUUCCACGGCAUCAUGAUGUUUGUCGGCUUCGCGUACGCCUAUCCCGUAGGCAUCUACAUCGCCCGCUACUGGAAGGAGAAAUCGACCUGGGUCGCGUACCACCAGACGCUGAUGUCGCUGGUCAGUGGGGAGAUCAUCCUCUCGGCGGUUCUGGCCCUUCUCGGCGGGUUUGGCGACCGGACACGCCCGCAUCCCAACAUCGGGCUCGUUAUUGCCGUGCUGGUGUUUUGUAUCACGUGGCUGGGUCGGUUCAGUGGGAACUGGAGCUCGCCGAUUACGAUUAAGUAUAAUCGGCAGAUCAGGUUGGCGCAUUGGGUGCUGGGGUAUGCGACGUAUUUUUUGGGGCUUGUGCAGGGUUACUUGGGGGUCAAUGAUAUCACGGAAGCCUCGAGUUCGAACUGUAGGUUUUCUAGUGUCGCAUCCAUUGUGGGUAGAGAGUACUGAUUUCAGGAUCGCAGGGUUGAAGUGGUUGUACAUACCGAUGGUGCUGAUGACCCCAGCAGGAUUGUUGCUAUGGCAUUUAUAUCAGGCCCGCUUCGCGCCGGCUACUCUCAGAUCAGCCGCGGAGAAGGAAAGGGAGUCAAAAGGCCCAACGAUCCAAAGCUCCCUGCCUCUCUUCUCAUGGGACGCCGUCCAAGAGAAUGUUGCGAACGGAUGCAAAUGGCUGAUCAUCCGUGGCGUUGUGUACGACGCAGAACCGUUCGUCCCAAAACACCCGGGAGGAGCAAAGCUUUUGUAUGAAGCCGUGGGCAUGGAUGCCACGGAUUUCUUCUACCCGCCCCCGCGAGGCCGUCGCACGGACAUGAACGCUAAACCACAGACCGGCUCCCACAAGCCACUGCACGGAAUGGUCCACCGCCACUCGCGUCUGGCCGAAAACCUCCUGGCCUCCCUAGCUGUUGGCCGCAUUGAGAAAACCACCAGCCCAGACCGGAACGACGCGGAUGAAGAGGGCGGUGGGAACGACUCGGCAGUGUUUUCGACACGGCUGCUGCGUCCGGUGGGUAUUCGGGAAGCCGUGCAGAAGGAACGUGCGCCGUUAUCGGAGGACUCGUACCGGAACUUCCGGGUCACGUCUCGCGACGCCGUUACGAAGGGUGGGAAGCGGCAGGUGCAUCUUGUCAAGAUUGCGUUCGACAACGAGGAUGAGGAAAUGAUAUUUUGCCCAGGAGAAAGCGUUUACUUUCAAUGUGUUGGUAAAGACGGCAGCAUCAUCACUCGACCAUAUACGCCGUGGAAGAGCUAUUACAAAGGACAUAUCUCAUUCUAUAUCAAGAUGAAUGUGGGGUUGAUGACGGCUCAUCUUGCCGAGUGUAAGUCCAUUCGCAUGCGAGGACCGUUCAUGCAUGCGGAAGCGACCAAUCCUCUGGACAAGAAUGGGUGUUGGGAUGUUAUGGGACUGGUUGCUGGCGGAUCUGGCUUGACACCAAUGCUGCUCGCCUUAGAUUUUCAUCUCCGACACGGAAAGCGCGACCCAGUGACCGGCCGACCGGAACUCAAAGCAGCGUUGCUCAAUGUGAACAGAAGUGACGCAGACAUGUUUGCGAUUGACGAGAUCGACAAUUUGGUCAAGCACUACAUGGGCAACCUCGACGUGGUCAACUUUUGCCAUAACGUGGUCAACAAAGAGAAAUACAAAGGCCGCAGCGGGCAACUUACUGGUGGACUAUUGAAGGACGUCUUACCACCAGGGGACUUGUUCACUGCGCCAUCCUUUUCAAUGGUUCGCUCGAAUGCAAUGAGCAUGCACAGACGGCGGUCCAGCCAUAGUCAAAGCCAAAAUUUCGGCAUAUCCUCUGCAUCGCUGCCGAAGCUGCCGAAGCUAGGGAUGGCCCAAACACGUAUUAUGGGCGAAGAUAGAGGCAACCCGUCAUCGUCAGGGGCCUCGGAUCGUCAGAGUAGUGCGAGUCUUGUGAAAGACCGCUCCAAGGCGACUCCCGGGGGCUUUUCCAUCCUGAACGAUCCAAUUCCGUUCGUCGCGCCAGACGAGUGGAUGAUUACAAGCGACAAGUACAUCGAGUCUCCCGCGGCGGCGAAACCGCUUUCUAGUGAGGAGGGACCGAAAGGAGGAAAGCAGAUGAUUAUAAUGGUUUGCGGGCCACCCGCUAUGAAUUCCGGAGUUUACGACCUGCUCCUUAGCCUGAAGUAUUCACCCGAACAAAUUGUUGUGUUGUAACGCCCUUCGAAAUUUCUCAGACCCUCCUCCAAAGUGGAUAAGGAG